AUGGCGGUUGCAGAGCAGAAAUCAUUUUUGGGGACACUCACACCGUGGAGUACGCCAAGGAGCGCAACGCCGCAGCCUGGCGAUCAGCCAAAGCUAGAUACGCUGCAGCGAUCGCAAGGGGAGGACCAUACAGUGCACCGACAUCGAUUGAGCGUCCGGCGCUACCCGCCUGAUUGCCCCCCAUUGAAAGUGAGAUGGUUUUACGCCGUGGACUCGCCCAAGCGAAAACCACUCUUUCUAGAACAGAAGAAGGCGGAUCAAAAGCCCAUACCACCACCCAAAAAAUUCAUACCAUUCCCAGGGAAAGACUCCCAGUCCAUCGAAUUAACGUUCCAGAAACUUUCAGACAUUGAAGAUGCUCGUCAACAAAAUAGACCAACCGACAGUGAAACGGUCUUGGCUAAAGUCCCUGUGAAUGAGGAUUAUCUUUUCAAUGUUGAUGUGGAACAACGAGAGCUGAGCCCUACCUAUUGGAUUGGCCCUGUCUACGAAGUCCGUCGUGGAACGUGGUUCAUACAGGAUGGAUCUAGCCUAAAACCAUGCGAAGAAAACCUUGCUACCCAGCUCGAAGAAGGCUAUAUCAAAUUGUGCCCAUGGAGAUCCCAGUCACCAGGACAGACCUCGCAAACAAACGCACAAAAUGGAUCUGGUCAACCCAAAAAUAUCCCAACCAAGUCCCAAGCACCGGAUUCAAAACUACCUCCUCAUAGCACAGGAAACACCGGGAACGAGCCCGGCGGUGCUGCAAUGGAGCCUCAUCAGUAUCGUUUAUUCGGUGCUUAUAUGAAUAGGAUUGUUGACUACCAAGAUUCCACCACGGCUUGGCUGAUGAACGAUGAUUUCAUGUCACGCUUCAGCACUUCGGUGUAUCAGAAGCUAGGAGGUAUUCCAGGGACAAAGUUGGUUCGUGGAUUUGAACCCAGAAAGCCGAAAGAGACAUCGGAGGCGAAGGGUACUAAACAAAAACCGCUGAGCGAUCCAUCACCCGCUACAGCUUCGAAGGCCACAUUGAAAGAGAAUCCAAAAGAGAAGCCAGAGGGUUGCGCCGAAUCACCUUCAGUCGGCGAGUUCGAAAACUUCGACAAUAGACCAAAGUCAACGUUAGAACGGCAAAUGUCAUCCCUUGCAGGCGAGCCACAAAACCCAGCCGAUCUCGAAGAGCAGGCUCGUAGACAAGAGGAGCAGGAGAUGGAAGAGUCGAGAGAAAUUGAGGGUGAGGACAGAGAACGUGAGGUCGAUCAUUUGAUUCUUGUCACUCAUGGAAUCGGUCAGCGGCUCGGGUUGCGACUGGAAAGCAUCAAUUUUAUACAUGAUGUGAAUGUGCUUCGCAAGACACUGAAGACUGUUUACAAAGCCUCGCCUGAUCUUCAGGCGCUGAAUUCUGCAUUCCCGGACCACGAGAAGAAUUGCCGUGUCCAAGUCCUUCCUGUUUGUUGGCGACAUCUUCUUGAUUUCCCUUAUCGAGGAGUCAGACAGAAUAGAAAGGAGCUCGAUCUCGCCGACGCAGACACUCUUGAAGAUGACACUUAUCCCAGCCUGGCUGAUAUAACCCUCGAAAGUGUACCUGCUGUCCGAAAUUUGAUUUCGGAUUUAGCGAUGGACGUCCUUCUAUACCAGAGCGGGUAUUGCGAACACAUCUCCAACAUCGUUAUUCAAGAAUGCAAUCGGAUCCUUCGGUUGUACCGGAAGCAAAACCCUUCUUUCAAGGGGUCAGUCAGUCUCUGCGGUCAUUCACUUGGAAGCGCGAUUUUGUUUGACAUCUUGUGUCACCAACCUGGAACUCAUACAACGAAAAAUGGGGUCCCCGGAAUGGCCCAAGAGAGCAGCGACUCAGACCUCAGGGGUCCAAGUGCGUUUGAAUUUGACUGUGAAGAGUUUUUCUGCUUGGGUUCCCCCAUUGCGCUAUUUCAGAUGCUGAAGGGGAAGACCAUCGGUGGAUAUUCGGGGUUGGCUCCGCGAAACCGCAAAAAUGCGCUGGAUGUUGAGAUCGAAUUGGACUCACAUGGACCCGGACAUGGGCUCAGCGAUAACCCUGGUAUCAUCUCAACGCCCAAAUGUCGGGAUUUCUACAACAUCUUUCAUCCUUCCGACCCUGUAAGCUAUAGGGUUGAACCGUUGAUAUCUCCAGCGAUGUCAUCGCUGAAACCACAGCCUCUACCGUCGGUGAAAAAAAGCCUUUGGACGACCUCUGGUCAAAGUUUGUCUAUUCUUGGUAGCCGUAUGGGCCAAAGUGUGGGAUCUCUGUGGACAAAUCUCACAUCGGGUGUUGCAAGCAGCCUGUUGAAUCGCAGCUUGGGCCUGAAUGGUGAUGGCGCCUCGUCCACUGCUCGUGCUUCUGGUGAGGAUUAUGGUGGCUCAGCCCAUGAAGGGAUACAAUCAGGUUCGGCCCGGCAUGGAUCAGAAUCCGACGCCGAGGGUCAUUAUCAGACAUUGAUCGACUCUGAUUUGGAAACCCUUUAUGAUGGAUUUCAAAGGAGCAGGGAUGUCCGGCAUGGCGAGAGUUCCGAUCCCGAUGUCGACACCGACCAUGACCGGAAAAUGAAAUUCGAAGACGCCAAAGUGCGCGCGCUAAAUUCCAAUGGUCGUGUAGACUACAGCAUCCAAGAGGGAGCAUUCGAUAUUUCACUAAUAGCCAGCAUUGCCAGUCAUCUCACCUAUUGGGGAGAUGAGGACGUCAAUCACUUUAUGCUUUCCCAAAUGCUCUCUAGGAAUUUUCGGCAUAGGAAGCAACGUCCAGGAUGA